AUGAAGCUGUCUGUGAUGGAACGAGAUGUGCCAGAGGGUGGCCCGUGUGGUGCUGGGUCAUCGCACUCCAAGCCCUCGUCUCAGAUUUCAACAUUUCAGAUCAGGAGACCAGUCCGCCAAAAGAUGAAAGCUUCGAACUCAACAGAGGAUCAGGAGGAGAGUGUGCUGUCCAGCCAUGAUGAUCUGUCCAAGUGUGACAUUGGAGACGAAGCAACCUCGGUCUCAUUCCCUGUCCCAGAAGACGCCAAAGCAAAGCCCAAGGACAAACGAAAACGUGCAUCCAAGGCUACUAUGACCUACAAAAAACGCCGAAAGGUCAAAGGGCUGGCAGGGAAGGGAAAAAGUUCCAGCAGCCAUCAAUUGUCAUUGACAAUGAACCCUGUUAUCGCUACGAGUGCAACUUCUACAAGGUUAGAUCCAAUGGACAUUACAGCGACGGUAGACACUCCAGGUGAGCAUCAAACUGCACCGAUUGAUGGCCAGCCAAAGAAGUCCCGCGGUCAAAAAGCCCCGGGAAGAGGAAAACAAAUGGGACAGAAGCUGAACCUCGCCCUUCAAGAGCUGGUUGAUGAAGACAGUGCAUUCAUUCCCGAUGGUUCCAUGGUAUCGGACAACAAUGAGCAGCCUGACAAUACCUUCGAGCCUCCCUCCAAGGCAUCUCCAACCGGAUCUGUCUUUCGUGGUUAUUCCCAACUGAUCAGUUCGUCUGAUUAUGCCGCUGUCCAGUCAACCACUGAGCACGAGGCCACUCCCAAAGCUUUCCAGCAACAGAGAACAUCUUUUCAAAGCAAUGGAUCACAGGAACCCUUUUACACGGCAUACACUGACCAUUUCAUACCAAGCUCCGAAAGCACCCCCGAGUCACAAAGACCUCUGCUUGCCACACAAUCUUCUGCUGAAGAGACAGGCUUGGGCCCAACAAAUCACAGAUCAAUGCCGAAGAACAGCAUUGUUGAUCAGAAUGGGAGUCCUCGCCUUCUGCCUCAAGAAAACAUGUAUCUUGGACAGGAUCCUGGAAUGAUCGACUUUGCGUCCCCAGCAGGACACAUUCUGCCACCCAGCAACGAGGCAGAGACGACGGGUGCUUGGGGGAACUUUCAGUCAUCGCAGUCCACCCAGUUGAUGUGCACUUUCCACCGGGAGAUUUCCUUAAACUAUUACCCUCUCGACUGUGGAAAGAAAGAAAUCCCGAAGCGACUGACCGAGGGCACGCUCUUCGGACCUCCUCUCUACCUGAAAUGGCCUCCCAAUGCAAGCCGCCCGGUUCGGAAUGAUGAUGGCCACUACAAUGAGCCCGAAAAGGUCCCAGCCAUUGCACCAGAACCAAUGACACCCAUGCCAAAUUACAGACGAGGGAUUGCCGCGAGCCUGUCUGCCUCCUCCCUUCCGCAACAGGAAUCCUCGCCGUACGAUCACAUGAUAGAAUGGAUGGCUUCUCUACAAGAGUCACAGAGAGUUGUGACUGAACUCAUGCGUGAGACGAAUGAGUGUAUUACCCACCAACUGGAAGAGGAGAGAGAGGCCCUUGCCUUCGUGCUGGACGAGUAUCAUGAAGAAUCGCUGUGGGCGCUGGAUCGACUGUUUCGGACGCAGCAGGCACGGAUGGCCCUUUACCGCGAGUCGGUGACAGCUAUGCUGCAGCAACAGGCCGAACUGUGCAUGAGACUGGUCUGGCGGCUGCAGGGGGAAGAGUGA